CCAAACCCAGACGAGUCCUCCUUCCUAAUCACGUUACCCACCCCCUGCUUCCGCGGCUCCGCCCCGUCCCUGACCCGCGUCCAAACCGGCCGGCCACGCCACGCCAAUUCUCGCAAACCCCCGCCAUGGCCGACGACGAGGACGCCGCCCUCUCCGACGUCGACGAGGAUCCCCUCCCGCCUCCCUCCUCCUCCUCCCCCUCAAAACCCCCAUCCGCAUCACAGACCCAACCCCCCAAAUCCGACCCCCACCAUGCCGAGGCCCAGCAGCGCCUGCUCGACCUGGCCGCCGAGCUGGACGAGGAGCGCCGCCUCCGCCGCGCGGCCGAGGAGGCCCUCGCCAGCUCCGAGACCCGCCUCGGCCGCCUCAAGGCCUUCGCGCAGGACGCCCUCCGCAAGCGCGACGACCUCAAGGCCGAGGCCGCCGCCUCGUCCCGCUCGCUCGCCUCGCUCCUGGCCGAGACCUCCACCGCCUCCUCCAUGCUCUCCUCCGGCUUCGAGCGGAUCUCCGCCAAGGCCUCCCCGUCCGCGCCGCCCGCCCCGCUCCCCACCUCCCAGAAGUACUCCUCCGGCCUCCCCGCCCUCGCCUACGGCGUCCUCAAGCGUGCCAACGACAUCGUCGACGACCUCCUCUCCCAGAUCGACGCCGCCAGCCGCGACCGGGACCGCGCGCGGGAGCAGAUGGACCAGCGCAACUACCAGAUCGCCAUCGAGGUCUCCGAGCUGGAGGCGGCCGUCGCGUCCAGGUCCGCCGAGUCCGAGUCCCUCUCCAAGUCCCUUUCAGAACGAGAGGCAGUGAUCUCGGAGCUCCGCGAUAAGAUCGCCGUCCUCGAGGGAAAAUUGGACGCUCAGAGGCCCGUACUCGCCGAGCAGAUCGGGUGCGCCUCCAAGCUUUACGAUGAGGUGCGCGAGCUAGUCAUGCUGGUGGACGCUGACGCCGCCAGUGCGUUGCCCGAUUCGGUUUUCGUGUGGAAGGAGACGGACGUGGAGGAGAGCCUCAAGGUGUCGCUAGAAGGGACCAAGAUGGCGUAUGACCUUGCCUCCAUGGCUCUGCAGAAGGUGGGAGUAUGGCGGGAUACAGGGAAGAGCAAGGUGAGGGCAUUGGAGGAGAAGGUGAAUGAGAUGGCACGGGAGAAAGAGCACAUUGGGGUCCUGCUGCGAAGUGCCUUGCAGGCCAACACGAGCGAGGUGUUGAAGGUUGCUGAGGAUGGGCUGAGGGAGGCUGGAAUUGAGAUAGGGCUCAAUGGGAACAGGGAGCACAGGCCAGGGAGCGUGGAGAAGGACGAAGUCUAUACGCUGGCUGGGGCAUUGGAGAGCAGCAUGAAGGAGUCCCAGAUCAAGAUCAUUGAGCUGCAACAUCUUGUUGAAGCACAAAGGGCGGAGUCUGGUCUACUUAGGACAAGGAUGGAAGGGCAAGAAAAAGAGAUUGGCCAGCUACGGAAGCAAAUAAAGCUUCUGGAAGAGAAGGAAAGAGUGGCAAAUGAAAGUGUUGAGGGUCUGAUGAUGGACGUAACAGCUGCUGAAGAGGAGAUUAAAAGAUGGAAGAUGGCAGCAGAGGAGGAAGCUGAAGCUGGUAGAUCAAUCGAACAAGAGUUUCAGACUCAGAUAUUGUCCCUUCAUAAGGAACUAGACGAAGCAAAACAAGCAAUGCUGGAGCUAGAAAACAAGCUCAAGUUUAAGGAAGAGACAGCGGCAGCAGCAAUGGCAGCACGCGACGCUGCAGAGAAAUCACUGAAGCUAGCCGAUACGAGAUCUUCAAGGCUACGAGAGAGACUGGAGGAGAUUAACAGGCAGGCCGAAGAGUCAGACAGCAGGAUGGACUCGAAUAGCCGCAGUGGCCACAGGUACAUGUGCUGGCCGUGGCAAUGGCUGGGGCUGAACUAUGUGCGGUUACCCCCUGCCGAGACAGAGGAGGCCUCUAAUGAGAUGGAGCUCUCUGAACCCCUGAUAUAGGUGUGUGGCAAAACUAUACAGAUCGAAAUACGAGUUUCAUCUAGUACAAAAAAAAUUGAACCUUAGAUUUUUCUUUUUCUUUUCUUAGUUUGCUUUGUUCUUCCUGUAGAUGCGCCACAAAUUUGUUCAUGCUUAUCGUGUGCAAACUCACGAGGGUGUUACAGAUGACACCGUGUAAUUGUAGAAGUGUCCACUUGUGAUACAAUGAAGAUGUCCAGGAUUUCAUUCUUUGACAGAGUUGUCCAUUCACAGUACUACCAUUUUAUCC